AAACACAAACAAAAAUCUACUGGUUUCUUGUGUGGUUUACGUGAUUUGUAUAUCUUAAAUUUGUACUCUUGGAACUCUGUAGUGUUUCGUCAAUGGAUGAUAGUUUCCAUAAGGUUCACGGUGAAGUUCUGACCCACGAAGUCGUUUGGAAAAAAGCUAAUUUCUUUGGUGACGGGGAUAAUAAGGAGUUUGUUGACAUUAUUUAUGAGAAAGCCCUUGAUGAAGGCAUUGCAAAGAUUACUAUAAACCGACCAGAGAGAAAAAAUGCGUUCCGGCCUCAGAGUGUAAAGGAGCUUAUGCGUGCGUUUAACAAUGCUAGUGAUGACAGCUCUGUAGGAGUCAUCAUACUCACCGGCAAGGCGUUGAGAACACAAGACGGUUAUGUUGAUCCCAAUGAUGUUGGCCGCCUUAAUGUUCUUGAUCUUCAGGUUCAAAUCCACAGAUUGCCAAAGCAAGUUAUCGCGAUGAGAGCAUUUCUUGUGGUUGAUCUGUUUGAUUUUGGACUGAGUCUGGUUGCUGGUUAUUCUAUUGGAGGAGGACACAUUUUGCACAUGGUCUGCGAUCUAACAAUUGCAGCUGAUAAUGCUAUUUUUGGUCAAACGGGUCCUAAGUUUUUCCCUCUAGCCUCGGUUGGAAGUUUUGAUGCUGGUUAUGGAAGUUCUAUCAUGUCUCGUUUGGUUGGUCAUAAAAAGGCACGAGAAAUGUGGUUUAUGACGAAGUUCUACACAGCUUCUGAAGCAGAGAGAAUGGGACUUAUCAAUACAGUUGUGCCGUGCAGAGAAAUCUUGCGGAACAGUCCAACUGCAAUCCGAGUGCUUAAGGCAGCACUCAACGCUGUUGAUGAUGGCCAUGCCGGAGGACUCGGUUGCGAUGCGACACUCUUAUUCUAUGGAACCGAAGAAGCUGUCGAAGGGAGAACUGCUUACAUGCACCGCCGACCACCAGACUUCUCUAAAUUUCCCCGGCGACCUUAAACUCACUUCUAGCUCAGUUCAUGGGUUUCCAUUACAUUAUUUUUUUUAAUAACUAUUUUCAUUACAA